AUGCACAGUAAAACUGAAGUCAAGAAUGUGCUAGAGAGUGCUGGUUUCUCUCGUUCUAAUCAAUACUAUGUUGUCCAGCAAGGAAAGAUUGCAUCCCUUACUCUGAUGAAAGGUUCUGAACGACUGGAUCUUCUCAGAGAUAUUGAUGGUACACGUGUUUACGAGGAUAGACGGAAGGACAGCUUGAAAAUAGUGACCAAAACAGGAGCAGCCAACAAAAUGAAGCAGAUUGAUCAAGUUGUCCAAUACUUCAAGGAAAGACUGAGAGAACUCGAUGAAGAAAAAGAAGAACUAAAGAAGUACCAACAGCUGGACAAACAGAGAAGAUAG